GGGAGGAUGAGACAGUCAGACCGAGGAGCGGAGCUGGCCGACAAGGAGGGGACACUUGCCACGGUACCCAGCCCUGAGAAUGGCCUCUCUGGAAUCCUGAGGCUCCUCCUGCAGGAGCUGAGUCUUUUCUACAGCCGAGAUGUGAAUGGCGUGUAUCUCUUGUAUGACCUCCUCCACUCCCCGUGGCUGCAGGCUCUGCUAAAGGUUUAUGACUGCCUUCAGAAGUUCAAAGAACGGAAACUGCUUCCCGUGACAACUCAUGCACAGACCUUAUCCUGUGAGGUCUUGGAGCUACUACGCAAAGCCUCCAGUUCUCCUGAGAUCCAAGAGCUAAGACAAGUCCUCCAGGCUCCACACUGCAAGGCUUUGCUCAGUGCCCACGAUACAGUAGCUCAGAAAGACUUUGAGCCCCUUCUCCCCCCGCUGCCCGACAAUAUCCCUGACAGCGAAGAAGCCAUGAGGAUUGUUUGUUUGGUAAAAAACCAGCAGCCCCUGGGAGCUACCAUCAAGCGCCAUGAGCCAACGGGGGAUAUCCUGGUGGCCAGGGUCAUUCAUGGCGGGCUGGUGGAGAGGAGCGGGCUGCUGUACGCUGGGGACAAACUGGUAGAAGUUAAUGGUGUCUCGGUAGAGGGCCUGGACCCGGAGCAGGUGAUCCACAUCCUGGCAAUGUCUUGCGGUACGAUCAUGUUCAAGGUGGUGCCCGUGUCUGCCCCGCCUGUGAGCAGCCAGAAGACGGUUCACGUGCGCGCCAUGAUCGAUUACUGGCCCCAGGAGGAUCCCGACAUCCCUUGCGCGGAUGCUGGGUUGCCUUUCCUGAAAGGAGACAUUCUACAGAUUGUGGACCAGAAUGAUGCCCUCUGGUGGCAGGCCCGGAAAAUCUCAGACCUUGCCGUCUGUGCCGGCCUAAUUCCUUCUAACCAACUCCUGAAGAGGAAGCAGCGGGAAUUCUGGUGGUCGCAGCCGUACCAGCCUCACACCUGCCUCAAGUCCACCCGAUCAUUCUCUAUGGAGGAAGAGGAGAACAUGAGGAUCGACGAGACCUGUGUGGAAGCAGAUGAAGAAACCUUUGAAUCUGAGGAACUUGCAGAAGCUAAAGAGGAGUUUGUUGGCAAUGGACAGAAGUUCUUUAUUGCCGGUUUCCGCCGCAGCAUGCGCCUCUGCCGCAGGAAGUCGCACUUCAGCCGGCUGCACGCCAGCACUGGUUGCUCCUGCAGCUGCUACGGUGCAGUGGGUGCCCCUUACGAAGAGGUGGCGAGGUACCAGCGGCAGCCAGCAGACAAGCACCGCCUCAUUGUGCUCGUGGGACCUUCUGGCGUUGGAGUCAACGAGCUGAGGAGAGAACUCAUCAGGCUUAAUCCCAGCUGCUUUCGAAGCGCUGUGCCGCAUACCACCCGUUCCCCAAAGAGUUAUGAAAUGGACGGACGUGAGUAUCACUACGUGUCAAGGGAAACUUUUGAAAGCCUCAUGUAUGGACACAGGAUGCUGGAGUAUGGCGAGUACAAAGGCCACCUGUACGGAACUAGCGUGAAUGCUGUGCGUGCUGUCCUUGCGGAAGGAAAGAUCUGUGUCAUGGAUUUGGAGCCUCAGGACAUUCAGUUGGCUCGGACUCAUGAACUGAAGCCCUAUGUCAUAUUUAUUAAGCCACCUAACAUGAGUUUCAUGAAGCAGUCUAGGAAAAAUGCUAAGAUAAUCACUGACUACUUUGUGGACGUGAAAUUCAAGGAUGAAGACCUACAAGAGAUGGAGGAUUUAGCCCAAAAAAUGGAGAGUCAGUUUGGCCAGUUUUUUGAUCACGUGAUUGUGAAUGGCAACUUGCAAGAUGCAUGUGCCCAGCUGUUGUCUGCCGUACAGAAGGCUCAGGAAGAACCGCAGUGGGUGCCAGAGGAAUGGAUUUCUCCUGGCACUGAGUCUUAAUCAAGUCCUAAAGACCCCGUAUAGCAGCUGCGAUUGAAAACAGCAGUGUUUGACCCACUAGAACUGCAACUGUUGCCAUGUUGGAGGAGGCCACUUGUUCAUUACCCGGCUGCUUGGCAGCUCAGACCCAAAAUAACCACAU